CCUUGUAUUUGAGACGUUCCAUCUCAAUGGCAUCCCCUGUACAGUAUACUUAAAGAAUAGGAGAUUAACGAGGAUAUCAACAUCUAGCUCCAUCCCACACCACAUGCCAUGGAUCCUCUACCAGAGUACUCCCUGUUCCUAGUCCGGAUCCUGGAGGAACUAGACACUAAACACAGUAGUGUGUCCUACCAGGACCUCUGUAAGUCCCUGUGUGCCCGCUUUGACUUGGUCCACUUGGCCAAGCUACGGAGCCUUCUGUUCUACACAGCCUGCCUGGACCCAGCCUUCCCGGCCACUCUCUUCAAAGACAAGAUGAGAUGUACUGUUGAGGACCAGCAGUCUAAGAAACUCAUGGUGGCAGCGGAUAUCGUCACUAUGUUUAACCUAAUCCAAAUGAAUGGGGGGAUGGCCAAAGACAAGCUCCCAAUGGCACCACCGAGGCCCAAGUUCCACAAGAACCAGUCGUUUGAGUCAUGUAGGUCCGACACUGAUGUUUAUAAGUACCAGGACUAUGAGAGGGGCGGAGGUUAUGACCUCAUGGAUCAACCCUCCAGGGCGGGUCACCACCCCCACCAUCGCCCCAUGUCCCAAAACAACUCCUCCCACCCCCGCCCACACCCCCAUUCCCACUCCGCCAGCUCGAAAUCCAACUGCAGCCCACAGUUUAUCCCGACCUCGGACCCUAACUUCCUAUUGGGCGUAAACAAGGAUCUGAAAUGUCGAGCAGCGUCGCUAGACAAGCUGCAGCACCUGCCCCAGUACUCAGGCUGCAGUCCUCCAUCGCCGCCCUGCGAGAUGCAGAGCACCUACUUUCCCAUAGACAUUGACAGUGAGUCCACCACAGACCAGGAGUCCCUGCAACACAUCAACCACACGGAGCCCUUCUCUGUCCACUCCUGUGUCCAGAAGAGAAACAUCUUCAAGGAGGAUUUUCACAACCUGCUAGCGUUCUCCCCACAGGUCAUCACCUCAGAGUGCAAACCAAACAUCAGGGCAACUGGAGGCUACCACCGGAGAGAGCUCCACAAACCUGCCACAUUCUUCAACCACAGCUUCGAGCUGCCCUACAGUAACCCCUACUUUGAGCCUACUAUGAACUCGCCCAUUCAGGAGAAACGGCGAGCGAAGCACGAGAGUCUGGACGACCUUCAAGCGUCUACGUAUUUCGGGCCAACGACAGUGACAGAGUGCGUGAACACACGGAGGAGUACGGCUAGGCCGGGGAAGCAGCCAAUUUGGCCCGUCAAAAGCCUGAGUCUGAAUGCUGAAGAAGGGCCACCGGAUUUUGAGAGGUCAUUUCUGAAUGGGAAACCGCUGAAAGACAACCAUCGCCACAAUGUAGUCAAUAAAGAGAAUGAGCAGCACUUCCAGUGUGCCAAAGAGAAAGUGGUGGCCUCCCCUUCAGGGUUCGCAAAGAAAACCAACGGGUUGAAAACAAAGGAUAUGUCUUCAAUGGCGUGCGGUCCCGGGGUGGGUGUCGACAAAAGAGAGGUUGGGAAAAGAUUUAAAGAGAAAGGCAUCAACAGUACGUCUUUUCAAGGAGGUAACAUAGACAGCUCGUCCAGCAUAGGGACACAAACGGAGCAGGCCGAACAGAGGAAGCUAAAAGACUAUGCCGCCGCUCACGCAAAAUACGUCGAGAGAGAGAGGCAUUCGUGCAAACACUCGGAAGAGGACUCUGAGAUCAUCAGCGAUGACAUCAGUGACAUCUUCCGCUUCCUUGACGACAUGAGCGUGUGCGACUCGCUGGGCGUCAUCCAAUCGUCGUGCUACAACAGCAUCGGAUCUCUCUCUCAGGUGACCAUGAAGUCUGACGGCGACAGCUCACCCGAAUGCAACACGGUCAAACUGGCCAAGUCCAAGCUGGACUGCCUCUUUCAUUCCCUAGAGAACACGGACGACGAGCUCAAAUCGAGCGUGUGCAAGCUUGUUAUGAGGAUAGGUGAGAUCGAGAAGAAGCUGGAGUCUCUGUCCGGAGUCCGAGGAGAGAUCUCGCAGGUGCUCUCCAAGCUCACCAAACUCGACGAGAAGAUCCAGGAACCCGAAACCAACGGGAGACCAGGCGAAAACGCUUUAGCCACCACAUCCACCCCAGAUCACCUUCACCCCGACCCCAACCUCUCGCCCCAUGUCUUUCAGUGCCACACGACAGGCCACAACAUCAAGGUGGAUAACGGAUCAGUGGAGUGGGGCUGCUCAGACAGUGAGAGUCUGAGGGUCAAGGCAAUUAAGAAAAGUAUGUUCACGCGGAGGUCGUCACGCUCACUCAAUGAGGAGAACAGCGCCACGGAGUCAAAGGUGGCGAGCAUCACCAACUCACCACGGGACUGGAGAACGGUGUCGUAUUCUUCGCACCAUGGGGAUGAGGGCAAAGACAAGGACAGAGACAGAGACCGAGAAAGGGACACCAAGGACAGACACAGGAAAGCCAAAGAGUCAGAGCGGGAGCGCCAGUAUGAGAAGGCCCCCCAGGUCCACCGCUCCUCAAAGCCCCCCAAGGACUCCUACCUGGUGGAGCAGGUGUUCUCACCGCACCCCUUCCCCCCCUCCGUCAAGUCCCACAUGAAGGGCAGCCCCCUGUACACAGACCUCAGGCUCACAGGCCUGUCGGUUGACGGCAAACGGGGUCAGCCCUCCUGGACCAUCGAGGAGUACAAGCGCAAUGCGGGUGGCGAGAAAGGCAAGCAGCUGACCGCCCUGGACCUGCAGACGCAGGAGUCAUUGAACCCCAAUAACCUGGAGUACUGGAUGGAGGAUAUCUACACGCCGGGUUACGAUUCGCUGCUGAAGAGGAAGGAAGCGGAGUUUCGGAGGGCCAAGGUGUGCAAGAUUGGAGCACUGAUUGCCGCGGCCGCCUGCACUGUGAUCCUGGUCAUCGUUGUGCCCAUAUGCACUAUGAAGUCAUGAAGUGCUCCAAGUCCUGCUCUACGAAGUGCUCAAAGUCGCACACUUUCCCUCUGCCCCUGUUUAUUCUGGCUAAUUGUAAAAGGACUGAAUAUGUGUGAGCUAUAAGGUAUCAGUCCAAUUACAGGAGCAGCCCUCUGAUUGGCUAUGUGGACGUUUGAAGAGUGAGGUACAUGUAUUGUUUAAUGUGAAUCUGACCUAUGUCCGUGGUAUUGGAAUCAAGUCUAUGUUCUUUUCUACAUGAUUUAGUUGUUAUGCCACGGGAUGGGCAUUGGUAUUAGGAAAUCGUCAGUACACAUUCAAAAUGACUUUGUUCAGAGGGGAAUGUUGCAAGUUUGAUCUUUUCUAUUGUUGCCUAUAUUUACUUAUUGACAUUUGUGUAUUUAUGAUGAAAGACAGACGGUACACAAUGUCUACAGUAUAUCUUUUACAUUUCCAUUUAUAUUGUAUUGGUGUACGAUGUUACAGAAUAUUACGAGAACAAUGUUUAUUUCACUUUUUCUCUUCGUUAAAGGGGCAAUCUGCAAUCCAAACAAAAGCAACAAAGCGGCUACCCAGCCAAUGUUUUUGUGAACUGAAACAGAUGAUCUGUACAGUAUACGGUCGACAGCUGGAUUUGUUUCUGUACACAGCUUCUGAUAUUUUUAUUUUAGUAUAAUUGCUGUAUAAUGUAUUUUAAUGAGAGUUAUUUUUGGAUGAAUUAUCUGGUAGAAUGUGAUGAGGUGCACCAGAUAUGAUUUAUCUUUAUCUAUUAUAAUAAUAACCAGAGUUUUAAUUCAUGGGAUUUUGUGCAAUGCCUUUUCUAAAUAGACAUAUACAGUAUAUUGAAGUACUGUAGUUGAAAUAGACGAAUGACAGACAGUACAUACAGUAGAUUGUAAAAACAAUAUAAAACACUACAGAGCUAACCUGAAUGUAUUGAAAGUAGCAUUACUCACAGAGAGAGCAAAACACACAUAUCAUUUCUCAUCGUCUCUUGAGCAGAAUUAAGUUGAAUGUUGUUCUCCUUUCCUUGCUUUAGAUAGUUUAACUACUAGCCAAAAGCACAUAGCUGCAGUAG